UGUUUGGUGGGGGUCGGGUGAUCUCUUCUUGCCAUUCGCGGGCUUUUCUAGCUGGUUGCUAGGCAACUCGCGUAGGCCACCUGGUGGCGGUUGGUGGCGACUUCAAGGGCGCACGCCGUCGGCGCCAUUUGUGGCUCCUCGAUUUGCUGCUUUCCGCCUAUUUCUCAUUAUGGCGGACCAAAAUGCAGGAAAACAUCUAAGAGGUAGAAGUUUGAAGAGCGACGCUGGUGAAGAAGUAGAGAAGGAAACGGAUAAUAUUGGAGUGCAAGUGGCUUCAUCAAGCCUUGCAUCAAGCCGACCAAGGCGUGAAAAGAAGAAGCAGUGGCCGCCCCGCUCGCCACCGCAAUCGCCGCCUCUAACGAAGAAGACAUUUCAGUCUUCUUCAGUUCAAAAUGAAGAAAAAAGUGAUGUAAAGGAGGAAUUUCACCCCACGAUUGAGGUUAUUAGUGGCAGUGGAGUUGAUGGGCCUGUGUACCUUCAAGUCGAAGAUGACAUUGGGGAUGAUGAAUGUCCAGAAGGAACAACAGAGGAAGGUGGCAGUGGAGAUCAUGCAAGUGGAUUUGCAAUCGAGGAUGCACUUGCACCUCAGAAAAAUCCACAAAGAAAGGGACGUUCCAAAGGACAGGAUUGGCAACAUGUUUGUUCACUGGAUUCAGAAGAAACGUUCCAGAAAUGGAAGCAUGAUUCAGAGCAAAAAAUAACCCCAGGAAGAUGGGCAAAGAAGAGAAUGAAUGAAACCAAACUUAGUGUAAAGAGGUACUUCCAUUGCUCUGUCAUUGGCUGCAAAGCAGAGCUGACAGUCAUGUACCCAAACUACAGUGAGAAAGUGGAAGUGCUCCACAAUGGGAAGGCGCACUUCCAUCCACCAAACCAGAAGAAGUGGGGCCUCUCUUCAGAAGCAAAGCAGGAGGUCAGACGGCUGUGGGAAUCGGGUGUCCAGAAGCCGAGGUACAUCAGAGCUUCUCUAGAAAAGCUUGGGCUCGGUGAUUGCACAGUCGUUCAACUGAGAAACUUCCUGGAAAGACUGAAGAAGCGCAACAAACUUCCAACGCCUACUCUUCCCAUCAACUCCCUGGAAGAGUGGUGCGCAGAACACUCCAUUACUAAGCCAACGGCCGCUCUAGUUGGAGACGUUGAUCGUGUCUACGUUUUUGAUCACCACACGGAUGCUCGUUCGCGACAGUUCCGGUUCAUUCUCAGUUCCAAAAGGCUCAUGAAGUUUGCUGCUCAGGCAUCAACGCUCAGCGUGGAUGCUUCCCAUCGUAUGAAGUGGUUCGGCGCCCCCGUCCUGUUUGUUGGCGUUAGCGAUGUCAAUGGAAUGUUCUUUCCUGUGAUGUUCGCAGUCAUCAGCCACGAGACGGCGGACAACUAUUUGCAGAUGCUGACCGUACUGAAGAAGUGCGUGGAGGCAUCGUCAGGCACUGCAUUUCAGCCCAGCUGUGUCAUCGGGAACGGUGAUCCCAAUGUCGCGGACGCCGUGAAGAGCGUCUUUCCAAAUGCUGCAAGGCGCAUGUGUUGGCUUCAAGUCAAGAAAGAGCUGAGUGCUCUGCUCAAACCCAUUGACAAAGAGAUACGAGAUACUCUAGAAAAGGACGUCGGCUCACUUCGACUCUCCUGUGACCAGAAGCAGUUCGAGCUAGCUGCUAAACUCAUGCUCGAGAAAUGGCGUGGGCUACUGCCUUCAUCUGACCUCCCGGGCAGAUUCGAAGAGCGGUUUGUGAAGCUCCAUCCAGAAUGGUACGAGGGCUUUGAUGUUGCCUCACAAAGCUCCAACAGGGGCCUGAUGCACGCCGUCAACGCGGUGAAGAACAGACACACGCUGAGGGAACGUCUGCCACCCGAACGCUACCUCACUCUGGCACAGGAGCUGGUGCUUGAGUGGUCUUGCGGUGUGAGCGAAAUCGGACAGCUGGAGCACAGCAUCACACCCGACACGGAGCUCUUGAGCGACACUUACCAACUUCAGACCGAUGAAAAGACCAUGGUGGACAUUGAUUCGGCAAUCUAUGUCCCCGUUGGCGAUCAGAGGGCCGCCACGGUCAAAGAAGUGGAGGCUUUUGAGAAGAAGAUGGGUGGGGAAGUGAAGUCAUUUGACGAGUUUGUGGAGGCUAGGAUGUCUCUUUGGAAGGUAGUGGACACAGGAGACAAGUCUGACAUCUCGCACAUGCGCUGCUCAUGCCCAAAGUUCUUCUCCGCGAAGUUGUGUGAACACAUACUGGCGAUCGGUUCGGCACUUGGUUUGGUUACGCUGCCACCGCCCACUUUGGAAUCAGACCAGUGUGCCUCAGAAGGAAAGCGUAAGCGUGGACGCCCCUCGAAAAAGAAGAGUGAAACCGUGAACAUGGUCGUGGACAUGGACUGCUCCGAUAUGCGAGCCUUCAUCGAAACGGGGACUUUCACGAUCGAGUGAACCUGGGAGGUCUUCAAUUGUUCUGUUCUUCGAUAGCAUUGUCUUUUUGCGUGAAGUGUAGCAUAUGAUUACUUGAUAACUUGGCUGAAGCGUUUGCAAGUAUUAUCAACCUACCUGUGAUGUUUCUGGGAGGAAAGUUGCUCAGCAGCAUGCGUUCCACCGCCCUUUGUUGUGACAUGAGGCUUGAAAAUGCGUUUUUGUGUGUAUGUGUGCGCGAUUUGUAGUGUCAAAUGUCAAUUUCACGACACCUGGUGCUCGGUAUCAUCACAGCUGCCCACUUAGCAUCUAGCACGAGUAUAGAAUGUGUAAAACUUGUCACCAUUUGUAAAUAUAUUAUUUGAGCUUGA